AUGGAGCCUCCUCGGGUGGAGCCCAAGGACGACGUGGUCGAAAUCCCGUUUCCGAAAGGUUUGAAGCUGGCAGCUAUUCUGCUUGCCAUUGCCCUGGCCACUUUUAUUGUUAUGUUGGAUGCGUCUAUCCUGGCUACUGCUGUUCCUUACAUCACUAACGAAUACCAUGCUCUUCUCGACGUGGGUUGGUAUGGAAGUGCUUAUCAGCUCGCCAGCGCUGCGUUCCAGCCAUUUACCGGAAAGCUCUACGCCAACCUGCCUUUGAAGUGGACUUACAUCUGUUUCUUCUUGGUUUUUGAGCUUGGAUCUCUGCUCUGUGCUCUGUCCAAAUCUUCCAAGAUGUUUAUUGUGUCGCGCGCGGUUGCCGGUCUGGGAUCUUCGGGCCUUCUCAACGGAGGUCUCACCAUGAUUUCCGAGUUCCUGCCCAAGUCCAAGGCCCCCGGUGUCAUUGGCGGUUUGAUGUCAGUUACGCAACUCGGUCUCGCGUGUGGUCCCAUCGUCGGUGGAGCAUUCACCCAGUUUGUCACAUGGAGAUGGUGCUUCUGGCUGAAUCUCCCAGUCGGUGGCGUGGUUUUAAUCCUCAUGCUCUUGACUCCCAUGCAAGAUCGAACUGAGAAGCCCAAGGGCAGCGCACUUCGAAAGAACUUGCGAGAGGCCCUCGAUGUCUUGGGACUAGUCCUGUUCGCUCCGGCCUUAAUCAUGUUCUUCCUCGCCCUUCAAUAUGGUGGCAACCAGUACCCAUGGAAGAGCGCCACUGUCAUCGGCCUCUUUUGCGGAUUCGGUGGAAUGUUUAUUGUGUGUGUGCUAUGGGAAUACCGUCGUGGUGACCGGGCUAUGCUCCCGCUGCCCAUCAUUCGUCAACGCAUUGUCUGGUCCAGCUGCCUAAGUUCAUUCUUUAUGACAGGGGCUGCAGUUUCCGGAAACUACUACCUGCCGAUCUACUUCCAAGCUGUAAUGGGAAACUCGCCCAUUCGCAGCGGUGUCUACUUCUUGCCGAACAUUCUACCCCAGGUGGCUUUCGCGCUUGUUACUGGUGGACUCGUUCAGGGCACCGGAUACUACCUGCCUUCGGUCCUUUUCGGCAGCGCCCUGGCUUGUAUCGGAUAUGGCCUUCUGUCGAUGCUUACCCCAACAUACUCCAUUGCCAAGCGUAUUGGCUUCCAGAUCCUCGUGGGUGUUGGCCUUGGUUCAUGCAACUCUGUGCCCAUGAUGGCAGUUCAGAACCUUAUGGCUCCCGCGCAGAUGUCUGUUGCCAUGGCGAAUCUUGUGUUCUGUCUGAACAUGGGUGCCUCGCUCUUCUUGCAACUCAGUACUGUGAUCUUCUCACAGAGUCUGCUUAAGGCCCUUCCGAAGUAUGCCCCUGGUGUCGACCCAAAGACCAUCGUUCAAGCCGGUGCUACGCACUACCGACAGGUCAUCUCCAAGGAGGCACUUCCCGGCGUCAUUAUGGCUUACUCGAAGAGCAUCAUUAACGUCUACUACUUCCUUGCCGGUCUUGGCGUUGCCGGUUUCGCCGCUUCCUGCUUUAUGGGCUGGAAGCCUUUUAAGAAGGAUAAGCCUCAGACGGAGGAGUCGGGUAUCCCUCUUCAAACCACAGAGGACGCCCCCAAGGCCUUGUAG